AUGAGCCAGCAGAAUCCUCCCAAAAAUUUCUCGGACUGGGAGAAGAUUCUUGCGACAGAGCGAAGUCUUGGCUUCAAGAGCGAGCUCAGCCACUUGGUCUGUGAUCGCCAAGAAGUACCUCUCUUCAACGACCUAUUCACUGCGGUUGCAAAGCUCUAUGCUGAUUAUUCAGGAUGGACUGCAAGCCAGAUCUGUGAAGAAGCUCUAUUCGAAGUCCAGUGCGACGACAUCUUCGAGGAUCUGGCCAAGUCAAUCUGGAGUGGGCCGGAAGCGCCUUGGCUCGUGAAGGAGUCAGAGUAUUCCGAAUACGGCGAAUGCACCAGCACCAACUGCUACUGGAAUACAAGCCCAAAGGAGAGGACCGAGAGGCAAGUAGCACAGACUCCGGCUGCAGCUUCUCUCGAAACUAAUUGCUCUCCAGCUGGCGCUUCUACUUGCCCGAAACUAACAACCGAAAACGCGGUUUCCGUCCGCCCUUUCGAUGGUCCCGCAGUUGAACUUGGAGAAUUCCCCACCAGCACGCUCGAUUCAAGCUCAACUGGACCUGGCUCAGCCAACCGCGAAAAGUCGCCAUCAAAAGCUGCGUCCGUGGCUGCGUCCGUCAAAGACUCGAAGCGUCUUAGAAAGAAGCCGCAGCGUUACGAUGAAGAAGAUAACAAGCACCAGCGGCAACCAGCGAAAGCGGGCCGAAAGAGGACUCUGAACGGUUCCUUCAGGCCUCAGCAGGAAGAAACUGAAGACAGCUCAAGUGAGCAAACGACACUCGUGGAAGGCAGUGCGUCAACCUCUCCACGACCGCUCAAGUACGCUACACCACGGAAAUCGGCACCAUCUCUCGGCAGUCUCGAGAUUGAACGAAGAUUCGGCACUGACACGGAUAGCUUGUACCGGUCGACACCUCGUCCACAACGCAAGUCGUCAAAGAGCGUUUCACAUGAAACCGCACCAUUGCGCUCGCCAGCACCCGGUACCGCCCCCGCUACCUCUGGCUCUACAGCUCCGGGUCCGCCGAGCACCACAAAUCCAGUUCCGCCUGGCGAUGACGCUCUGCCUGGAGCUGAAGCGAACGAAGCAGCCGAAGACCGACCAGUCACAGCCGCUGCUGACUUCGACAGCGCCCUGAACGGCAUUGAUGAAGAUGACGAGGAGCCCGAGCCACCGGUCAAGGAAGAGUCGCAAUUCAUGCCUGGAGAUACCCUUGGAGACUCGAUUGUGCUUUCCGACGACGAGCCAGAGCCACCGAUCAAAGAGGAGUCGCAAUCCAUGCCUGGAUCUACUUUGGGAAAUUCGAUUGUGCUUUCCGACGACGACGACGACGACGACGACGACGACGACGACGACGACGACGGUUUCCGGCGCAAAAACAGGCAGCGGUCUUCAAACACAGGAUCCCAGAGACCACCCUCGCUCAGCACCCUUCAUAUUGCUGGAUCAUCCGAGCCGCAGAGUCGCACUUCCAGCAUCUUCGACGCCCGCAGAGCCCGAGUGUGCUGGGGACCUAAAGCGCCAUUCGACGACAUCUUGACUCUGACCGGCUGCUCAGAUUCUGGUAUCUUCAUCCAGCGUGUCGAGGCGCUCAAGCUCAAGCGUCAUGGACUACGCAAUGACCGGAUCGCGGCCGCUGGGGUGAAGUUUGAUGGUGGUGCGUGUUUCCGCAUUUUGUGGGAAGAUGCGGAUCCUGCGUUUGAAGAGAUGCUGGAACUUGUGCAGGGUACGAAGGGAGGUCAGAAGUUCGACUUGAGAUUCGAGAUCGAGUGGGAAGAUGAAGAGGAGGUUAAGCCUGUGAAGAUGGAGAGUCGGUAG